UUAAGAUUAAAAAUCACCCCCAAAAUCCCUUGCUACACUUAUCAAAUUACUCUUCAAUCUUCUUCACAAUUUUGCUAAACAAGUAUUAAUAAUUCAUCAUUUUUGCUUCUAACAAUGCCUAAAAAUAGCAAUUCCAAGAAACCUAAACCAAUAGAGAUAGAAAAGGAGAAACCAAAUUCUUCUUCAACUAAACCUAAAAAACCAAUUAGUGAAAUUGACGAAAUAUUUGCUGGAAAAAAGAGGAAGAAACCUGAAAAAGUAGAAAAAUCAAGUGGAGAUGUUGUUAUAGAGCAAAAAAAAGUGAAGAAAAACAAGGAAAAAAGUGUUAGAAUACCUAAAGAUAAUGUUUUUUCUGAGGUGCCACGUCAUUCGAGGAAGAAAACAGCAGAUGGGUUUACUUUAUAUACUGAAGAGGAAUUGGGUAUUGGGAAAUCUAAUGCUGGAGAUGUAAAAGGUGAAGAAAAACAAGGAAAAAAGUGUUAGAAUUCCAAAAGAUAAUGUUUUAUUUGAGCCGCCACAUCAUUCGAGGAAGAAAACUGCAGAUGGGUUUACUUUAUAUACAGAAGAGGAGUUGGGUAUUGGGAAGUCUAAUGAGGAGUUGUUUAGUUGGAUUACACUAAACAAUGCUUGUCUUACUUUAGACAAUCUAAAUAGGAGUGGAUUAGAGUUGGACAACACCAUAUGCAUUUUUUGCAACACAACUCCAGAGACAGUCAACCACCUUUUUCUUCAAUGCCCAGUAGCAUAUGACCUCUGGAACAUGUUCUUGUGUUUUUUCAGUUUAAGUUGGGUGAUGCCGCAAAGAUUAAGGGAAGCUCAAAUUUCUUGGAGUCUUCAGUUAGUUGAUAAGACCAUCAGAAAGAUCUGGAAUAUAUUUCCUGCUGCAAUUUUUUGGUGUAUUCGGAUCGAGAGGAAUAGAAGAUGUUUUGAUGGUUCCUCAACUCCCACUCCCAUUCAUGCACUUAAAGCCAAAUGUCUAGUAAACCUUUAUUGCUGGACAAUGUUGUCCCCAGUGACUAGUACUAAUCAGUUUUUGGAUUUUAUUAGCACCCUAGUUUUAGAGGGGAGCCAAUGAAUAGGGGCUUAUAAUUCUCUU